GUUCCCUUGUCGAUCUUCCAUUGAAGAACUAUUACAGAUAUGUUGUCCCAACCAUGGUAUGCUUCUCUCUUUAGAAACCACUCAAUUUGUACCCACAAGAAUGGUUUCUUAGCUGUGUUUGGACCUUACAGGAUGAUUUCAGCAGUACUGAUUGUAAAUGGACCCAAAGCUUUUUUGCAAAUAUGCCAUUGUCCAAAACACUAACAAUGAACCUGGAUGUUCCUGAGCCAUGGCUUGUUGAGCCUGUUGUUGCUAUGUAUGCUUCUUCCUCAAUACUUGCAUUUUGAUUUCUUCUCGUCUUUUGCCCCUAUCCUUUAUUCGUUAGGAAUGUUGAAGAGUUGCAACGUCAUGUACCUCACUGCCUUGACUAAUCUCUCUUUCUUUCUCUCUCUGGGUAUAAAUACUUCAGUCAUUACCUGGACAAUAUUUUGCUUGAGAACCUGGGAGACGCAAGGACAUUGCAAGCAGUUUUUGAACUUGAAGCUCUUGUUCUGACUGGUGAGUUAGUUUUUGUUUAGAACAAUGUGAAAUUUCCAAGCCUAACUGGAGGAGUGAAUGAGAACUGUGUACAUUUACUGUUAAGAUUUUCACAUUUGGGUGUGUAAUUUAGGUCAUUGUGCGAGAAGGAUCGUGACUCUCCCAGAGGUCUUCAGCUAAUUCUUGGAACAAAGAAUACACCUCAUUUGGUUGAUAAAAUUGUGAUGGCCAACUUGGGCUAUUGGCAGAUGAAAGUAUCUCCUGGAGUUUGGUACCUGCAACUUGCUCCAGGCAGAAGUUCUGAGCUGUAUCUUUUUAGAGAUGGUGGUGAUGAUGGAAGUCAAGAGAAAUCCUUGUCAAGGCGAAUCACUAUAAAUGAUUUACGGGGUAAAGUAGUUCAUCUUGAAGUGGUGAAGAAGAAGGGAAAAGAGCAUGAAAAAUUAUUUAUUUCAGCUGAUGAUUACAACCAUUCAAAAGAAAAGAGGGGACAUAAUGGCUGGAACUCAAACUUUGUCAAAUGGGCUUCUGGUUUUAUAGGUGGCAGCCAGCGAUCAAAAAAGAGUGAUGACAGUUUGGUGGAUCCACAGAAGCUUUCCAGUAUCUUACAAGAUAACACCGUGGCUUAAAAAAGGAAGAAAAUGCAAAAAGUGGGGUUGUAAAAGGAUUCAAAUAGCGGUCGGAUAGCGGUGUUGCGGCUGUUAUUUCGCGGUCGCACCACUAUCCACCACCGCUAUUGGAGAAA